AUGUUCACAAUUUCAGACACUUUCCCUGUGUCUUUCAACAAUUUCACUGGCGUCAUCCCAAAAGAAAUUUGGUACCUGAAGGAGCUUGAGGUGCUGAUUCUUGGCAGGAACAAUUUUGAAGUAUUGAUAAAUGCCUAUUACAAGACCAAGAAAGUGGAAGCAGCCAUGAAUCUCUUUCGAGAGAUUCGACAUAAAGGUUUAACACCUAAUGUUGUUGUUUGUAACACUGUCAUGCAAGGGUUAUUCAGUGCAGAAAGCUAUCUUAGUGCAAGAGAAGUUUUCGAUGAGAUGCAAGCUGCAGGAAUAAAGCCUAAUUUUCACACUUACUGCAUCAUGUUGGAUGGGUUAUGCAAGAUUGGAAAGGUCCAUGAAGCAAUGCAGUUGUUCCAUUCAAUGGAAGCUGAUGGAGUAGAUCUUCAUAUAAGCAUGUAUAAUAUCAUCCUUGAUGGGUUGUUUCAACAAUCUCUCCCUUGA